AGUGAAGCACCUUCUCCAUUGAAGAUACUCUUCUCUCUCUUGGUUUUCAUGGGGAAGUGAUAUUCACAAGAGAGAGCUCUUCUUUUUUUUUUCUUGUUGUAUUUCUCUUUGAAUUUAGGGUUUUGUUAAUCAAUGGCUUCUUCUUCAACUUCUUUUCCUACUGCUACUACUUUUGCAACAGGGAGUAAGACUAGUGCCAACUUUUGCAGAGAUAUAAUGAGAAAUGGUAUUAUUGGAAAUUCUUUUGUGUAUCGUAACCGUGGGAAGAUUCAAUUUACAACACAGAGGUUACAAAUUAACUCUUCUUUGGAUUCUAAUGUUUCUGAUAUGGGAACAAAUGCUCCAAAGGGUUUAUUUCCGCCAGAACCUGAGCAUUAUAGAGGACCGAAAUUGAAAGUUGCAAUCAUAGGCGCCGGGCUUGCUGGCAUGUCAACUGCAGUGGAGCUUUUGGAUCAAGGUCACGAGGUUGAUAUAUACGAAUCGAGGUCCUUUAUUGGUGGAAAAGUGGGUUCUUUUGUUGAUAAGAGCGGAAACCAUAUUGAAAUGGGACUUCAUGUUUUUUUCGGCUGCUACAGCAAUCUUUUUCGUUUGUUGAAGAAGGUUGGUGCAGACCAAAAUUUACUGGUGAAGGAUCAUACACAUACUUUUGUAAACAAAGGUGGCCAAAUUGGUGAACUUGAUUUUCGGUUUCCAGUGGGUGCACCAUUACAUGGAAUUAAUGCAUUUUUGACUACUCAACAGCUUAAGCCUUAUGAUAAAGCAAGGAAUGCGCUGGCUCUUGCCCUGAGUCCUGUUGUUCGUGCUCUUGUUGAUCCAGAUGGUGCUCUGCAGGAUAUCCGUAACUUGGACAGUAUCAGUUUCUCAACUUGGUUCAUGUCAAAAGGUGGCACACGCAAGAGUAUCCAGAGAAUGUGGGAUCCUGUUGCUUACGCUCUAGGGUUUAUUGACUGUGAUAAUAUGAGUGCGCGUUGCAUGCUCACCAUAUUUGCGUUGUUUGCUACUAAAACAGAAGCUUCAUUAUUGCGCAUGCUUAAGGGCUCCCCUGAUCUUUACUUGAGUGGUCCCAUCCGAAAGUAUAUUAUGGACAAAGGUGGCAGAUUUCAUCUGAGGUGGGGAUGCAGAGAGGUACUUUAUGAUAAAACCAUCAAUGGAGACACUUAUGUUUCAGGACUUGCCAUGUCCAAGGCUACAAAUAAGAAAACAGUGAAAGCUGAUGUAUACGUUGCAGCAUGUGAUGUUCCUGGAAUCAAAAGGUUACUUCCUUCAGAGUGGAGGGAAUCGGAAUUCUUUGACAACAUCUAUAAACUAGUUGGAGUACCAGUGGUAACAAUACAACUGCGAUACAAUGGGUGGGUUACGGAGUUGAAUGACCUAGGAAAGUCCAGGCAGUUGAAAGAAGCUGUAGGGUUGGAUAAUCUCCUUUAUAGCCCAGAUGCCGAUUUCUCCUGCUUUGCGGACCUUGCACUCACAUCUCCAGAAGAUUACUACAUUGAAGGCCAAGGUUCAUUGCUCCAAUGUGUGCUUACUCCUGGGGAUCCUUACAUGCCCUUAACAAACGAUAAAAUCAUAGAAAGAGUUGCGAAGCAGGUUCUGUCCUUGUUCCCAUCUGCUCAAGGGCUAGAACUUACCUGGUCUUCGGUUGUUAAAAUCGGUCAAUCCUUAUAUCGCGAAGGACCUGGUGUAGAUCCAUUCAGACCUGAUCAAAAAACGCCUGUUAAAAAUUUCUUCCUAGCUGGAUCUUACACAAAACAGGAUUAUAUUGAUAGUAUGGAAGGAGCAACUCUAUCAGGAAGACAAGCAGCAGCAUACAUAUGUAAUGGCGGUGAAGACUUGCUUGCUCUUAGAAAACAGAUUUCUGCUAUCGAAGCUCAGUCUGACAACAUUACCGGUGAGUUGAGCUUCGUCUAAUGUAUUACAGUUCCACUAGUCAGAGUUCAUCACUACUUCAACCACCUCAGAUCAUUAAGUAGACACCUCAGAUCAUUAAGUAGAGAGGAGAAAACGAGCUUGACACAUUCAGUUAGUGGUCUGGGUACUUUCCUAUACUUAUUCUUCAUUUCUUCUCACAUAAUGGUUAUGUAUCCAUGUAAUUUUACAACAAAUGAAUGCCAAAAUCAUAUUCAACAUAUGUUCAGUUGCUGUAUAUUUGUAAGUUUACCUGGGCAUUGAUUAGUUUCCUGCAGAAAUUUUAUGAUUAUUCAAGCAGA